CGCGCGCAGAUUCACCGGUGUCAUGGCUGCCAUAUUGGAGAGGAAGUAAUUCCCGGCCGCACCAGCGAAGAGAGAGACAGAGGGGGGAUUUAUUUUUAUCAUCCGACUGAUUCCCGGCGGGGCCACGGUUUCUGAAGCGCCCGCGGAGGGUUUGCAGGGUGCGGUCCUCCGUGUGCUCACGCCGAGUAGCGGAGAGGAGGCGACCGCUGCGAGAGUCAGGUGGCGUGUAAUUCCGAGCAGAAGAAAAUAGGAAAACGGUGGGGGGAGUAAAAAAUAAAAAAAAGAAAGGGAAUUAUAGUCGGUUUCAAUCUAGAGAGGGAGAAAGAUGGCGGACCCGGCAGAGUGCACCAUCAAAGUGACGUGCCGUUUCAGGCCUCUCAACGAUUCUGAGGUGACUAGGGGUGACAAGUAUAUCCCAAAGUUUCAAGGAGAGGACAGUGUGGUCAUUGGGGGUAAACCAUAUGUGUUUGACCGGGUAUUCCAGUCCAGUACAUCACAGGAACAAGUGUACAAUGCUUGUGCCAGACAGAUUGUUAAAGAUGUUCUAGAAGGCUACAAUGGCACAAUAUUUGCAUAUGGACAGACCUCUUCUGGGAAAACACAUACAAUGGAGGGAAAACUCCAUGAUCCAGAUGGUAUGGGUAUUAUUCCCAGGAUAGUACAAGAUAUUUUCAAUUACAUUUACUCAAUGGAUGAAAACCUAGAGUUUCAUAUUAAGGUUUCAUAUUUUGAAAUUUAUUUGGACAAGAUUAGAGACUUGCUGGAUGUUUCAAAGACUAAUUUGUCUGUGCAUGAAGAUAAGAACAGGGUACCUUAUGUGAAGGGUUGCACUGAACGGUUCGUUUGUAGUCCAGAUGAAGUUAUGGAUACAAUUGAUGAAGGAAAAUCUAACCGGCAUGUAGCAGUAACAAAUAUGAAUGAACACAGCUCUAGAAGUCACAGCAUCUUUCUUAUUAAUGUAAAACAGGAAAAUACUCAAACUGAACAGAAACUUAGUGGAAAAUUGUAUCUUGUUGAUUUAGCAGGAAGUGAAAAGGUCAGUAAAACUGGAGCAGAGGGAGCAGUGCUGGAUGAAGCCAAGAACAUUAACAAGUCUUUGUCAGCCCUUGGAAAUGUCAUUUCUGCUCUUGCAGAAUGCAGUACAUAUAUUCCUUACAGAGACAGUAAAAUGACAAGAAUUCUUCAAGAUUCGCUUGGUGGUAACUGCAGAACAACCAUAGUCAUUUGCUGCUCACCUUCAUCCUAUAAUGAAGCUGAAACCAAGUCCACGCUUAUGUUUGGUCAGAGAGCCAAGACAAUUAAGAAUACAGUAUCAGUUAAUGUGGAGCUGACGGCAGAACAGUGGAAAAAGAAAUAUGAAAAAGAAAAGGAGAAAAACAAAUCAUUACGAAAUACUAUACAGUGGCUUGAAAAUGAACUCAAUAGGUGGCGCAAUGGUGAAAGUGUUCCUGUGGAAGAGCAGUUUGAUAAAGAGAAAGCAAAUGCUGAAUUUCUUGCCCUUGAUAAUGUGGUUAAUGAUAAAAAUGUUCCCACACCUGGAAUACCUGCGGUUAAAUGUACUGAUGCAGAGAGAGAGAAGUUUGAACAACAAAUUGCUAAACUAUAUAAACAGCUUGAUGACAAGGAUGAUGAAAUCAACCAACAAAGCCAGUUGACUGAGAAACUGAAGCAACAGAUGAUGGACCAGGAGGAGCUUUUGGCCUCAUCUCGACGUGACCAUGAGAAUUUGCAGGCAGAACUUAAUCGUCUUCAGGCUGAAAAUGAAGCAUCCAAAGAGGAGGUUAAAGAAGUACUCCAAGCACUUGAAGAACUGGCAGUCAACUAUGACCAGAAGUCUCAGGAAGUGGAGGACAAGACUAAGGAAUCAGAAACACUAAGUGAUGAGCUGAAUCAAAAAUCGACAACAUUAGCAUCUGUUGAUUCAGAGUACCAGAAACUAAGAGAGAUGACUAACCAUCAAAAGAAGCGUGUGACAGAGAUGAUGUCCUCUCUCCUGAAAGACCUGGCUGAAAUAGGAAUUGCAAUUGGUAGCAAUGAUAUCAAGCAACAUGAAGGAAGCGGUGUAAUAGAUGAAGAGUUCACAGUGGCUCGACUGUACAUCAGCAAGAUGAAAUCUGAAGUCAAAACUAUGGUUAAACGAUGCAAGCAGUUAGAAGGCUCUCAAGCAGAGAGCAACAAAAAAAUGGAUGAGAAUGAAAAGGAGCUGGCUGCCUGUCAGCUCCGCAUCUCACAGCAUGAAGCUAAGAUAAAAUCUCUCACAGAGUACCUCCAGAAUGUGGAACAAAAGAAGAGACAGCUGGAAGAAUCUGUGGAUACUCUGAAUGAAGAGAUGGUAAAGCUUCGUGCUCAGGAGAAAGUCCAUGCCAUGGAGAAGGAGAAUGAAAUUCAGUCUGCCAAUGAAGUUAAGGAGGCUGUUGAACAACAGAUACAGAGUCACCGAGAAUCUCAUCAGAAACAGAUUAGCAGCCUUAGAGAUGAAUUGGACAAGAAAGAGAAGCUCAUUACAGAGCUACAAGAUCUUAACCAGAAGAUCAUGCUUGAACAGGAACGUCUACGUGUGGAACAUGAGAAGCUCAAGACGACAGAUCAAGAGAAAAGCCGCAAGCUUCAUGAGCUUACUGUAAUGCAAGACAGGAGAGAACAAGCACGGCAGGAUCUCAAGGGUCUGGAGGAAACGGUUGCUAAGGAGCUGCAGACUCUUCACAAUCUGCGGAAAUUGUUUGUUCAAGAUCUUGCAACCAGAGUGAAGAAGAGUGCAGAGAUGGACUCAGAUGAUACUGGUGGGAGUGCUGCUCAGAAACAGAAAAUUUCCUUUCUUGAAAAUAACCUUGAACAGCUUACCAAGGUCCACAAACAGUUGGUGCGUGAUAAUGCAGAUCUUCGUUGUGAGCUUCCUAAACUGGAGAAACGUCUGCGGGCUACAGCUGAGCGAGUUAAGGCCUUGGAGUCUGCGCUGAAGGAAGCCAAAGAAAAUGCAGCUCGUGACAGAAAACGAUACCUGCAGGAAGUUGACCGUAUUAAGGAAGCUGUACGGGCAAAGAAUAUGGCUAGGCAAAGGCACUCCGCUCAGAUAGCCAAACCCAUUCGCCCUGGCCAUCCUCCAGUUGCUUCACCUACACAUCCAAAUAUGAAUCGCCCAGGUUUUGGGUUUUACCAGAAUAGCCAAUCUGUUGCAAUCCGUGGAGGUGGAGGAAAGCAGGACAAGAACUGUUGAAGAUUGAGGAGAUGUAAAAAGGAAAAUUUAAAAAUGGAUACCCUGUCAUUCCAUGCAGUGAACUCUCCACCAUAAGGGAGUCACAAGAUUUUUUUUUUUUUUUUUUUGGUAAAUUGGGUAUAUAUUAAAAAUGAACCUGACCUGUACAGUUCUUUCCAAUGCAGAUUUUUUUUUUUUUUUUGCUCUCUAAAACAAAAUGAUAUUCUUUACGCAUCAGACAAAAAAAACAGAACGGAUGCAAAAGUGCAAUCCAACGAUUAACUACGAGUCAUUCUAAUGUGUAGCUCAAUUUUCUUGCACAGUCUGUUGUCAUUCAUGUCUUAAAUUAGUCUGCACUGUGCCAAGCUGAAUGUAUGUUAUAAACAGAAAGACAUGAAGAUGGUGGGGUUGGGGGAAAUGGGGGCGAAUGGGGGUGCUUUUUGAGGGUUUUUGAUUGGGAACAUUAGCUGAAAUGUCCUAGCCUACUUUGUGUACAUUUCAUUGUUUUUAGGGAUUGUAAAACGUUAUCUGCGUUAGAUUUGAUAAGCUUGUUAAAGAAUUUUUGAAAUGAAUUGAUAGAACACUACUUGUCCAUCUGUACAGAUCAAGAUAGCCAUGUACAUCAUGUUUUCUUGAAACAUUUAUUUAGUGAUGGGGGGGGGGCGGGGUGGGGGGGGUGUUGUCAUAGGCUGUGUAAAAACAAAGCAAAAAAAAAAAAAAAACACGUAAAAAGCUGUACUAUAUACAUUUUCUGAUUGGUGCACUUGAGAAUGGAGCCUGUGGAAAGUUAAACUUUGGGAUUUUGGAGUGCUUUGUUUUUUUUUUUUUUAAAUUAUUAAACAGUAUGUGAUUGCAUUUGAGCAGAAAAGGAUGAAGCAGAACCAAGAAAACUGCGUACAGAGUAAUGACCAGACCUUAACUACAGGUGACUAAAUGCAAGUACUGUGCUGUAUAAAAAUGAAGAUUUGUUACAAAUAACUGUAUAAGUGUGGCGCCUGCUGGUGGCUAAAAUUACAAGCGCGCUUGUCCUGUCCACGGGAUUGGCCGAGUUCCAGCUUUCAUUUUUUUUAUUCUGGUUUUACAAAUCACUGUUGGAUGAGGACCAUAUUUAUUAUUAUUAUUUUUAGGUUUGAAUCAGAUUCAUGAGCACAUUCAACUUACUCUAAGGUGUAUUUUUUUUUCUCACAACAUUUUUGCUUAACCCCAUUUGCUGGGGAAACGAUAUUAAAAGACAAACCCUUAUUUAAUUUUUCUCAUCACUGCUUGUGACUGUAUGUCAGAUAGCUACAUACAGACUAACACAGCUGCUGUGUUAUAGUGAGCAUGAGGCUUCAAAUUCGAUGCACACAUAUUAUCCAUUUUUUAGAUUGACUUUACAAAUGGGCAAAAAAGAGCAGAUUAGCUGCAGCUACACUACACUCCCCUUAAGACGACAGUCCCAACGUCCUCCUAUUUAUUUUUUGUCAUCUGGGUUUCAUCACUCCUAGUGCUGAUCAGCCAGUCAGUGAAUGGGAAGUUGACAACGAAACAGCAUGUGGAGGCAAUGUUUGGAUAUUUACAAAUCCGGCUGAUCUUUUACUAGUAUUUUUUUAAGUGUUUUUUUUACUAGCCUUUUCAAUAUUUUAAAACUAAAAGCAAAUCCUUAAGCCUCUUUAUUUUGUAUUUAAUUGUGAAUAAACAUUUGAAUAUAAUAAUUGCCCAGAAUCUGUUAAAUAUUUUGUAUUCAGAAAGACGAAAGGGUUUGACCGCCUUCUCGUAAGUGCAAUAUACGACAGAAGGAAGCGUUAGCGUUCCCAAGAAUUAGGACGGCACAGCUUCAGAUUCAGGCAAGCGUUCUUCCCCAUCAAGACCCCAAUGCACUUCACUCCUCGCUUGCAUUUUACUUUGAAAUCUGAUACAAUCGGAAAUACUGUGGCUGAAAGCUAGAGCAUGUGCCGGAUUUGUAUUGGACACUGGAAUCAAAAACGGCUAAAGUGAGCGUAAAAUGAAUUCAGGUUAACCGAUAAUCUUAGUCUAGAGGGAGGCAAAUGACCUGGACAGGACAAUGCGCACUGCGGCUACUCCGAGUUCUCUGUGUGCAGCUCGCACAGCAAAAUGAAUUUCCGUGUAUCCUUCGAGUGCUUUCUGUAAGCUUGUUUGCCCUAGGAAUUGAAUUCAAAUAAAAGUCUAAUAUUUA